CAGAGCAGUCUCCGUGCGAGAGGUGUGUCGUCAGCAUGACAGCUCCGCCAGUCACUCAGCACUUUUAUUAAAGGCGAGAGUCAUCUCAAGUCACAGACUUAAAACCUGCACACCAUGGCCAGAGGACCAAUGAGCUCACUCUGUGUCCGUGGGUGCACAUAUCUACAUUCACUCAGGAGUGUAUUCAUUCUGGCCUUUCUGGGAUUUUCCUUUCUUGUGUGGAGCAACUCAAAUGGCACUUGUUUAAGCGACAGCAAGUCUAAAGAGGUAGAGACGACGGUUGACCGCUUGCUAAGCAGCGAUUUGUCUGAACUGUUGACGUGCUCCGCCAUCAUCCGAGGAGACGUGGAGGGCCUGGAUGGCGGGGUCUUCGGCAGGCUCCUCAAGAAGAGACAGCGCAAGGGCUUGGAGGCCUCUUUUUACUUCAACGCCACCAAGGACUGUGACGCUUUUGCCAGAGACAGGAAGUUUAUAACGGAGACCUUGAGCGAGGAGGAGAGGGACUUCCCCAUCGCCUACUCCAUGGUGGUCCACGAGAAGAUUGAGAUGUUCGAGCGGCUCCUCCGGGCCCUCUACAUGCCGCAGAAUGUGUACUGCGUGCACGUGGACCAGAAGGCCCCUGAGGACUUCAAGAAGGCGGUGAUGGCCAUCGUCUCGUGCUUUCCCAACGUGUUUGUGGCGAGCAAACUGGAGCGGGUCGUCUACGCGUCUUGGUCGCGAGUGCAAGCGGACCUAAACUGCAUCCAAGAUCUGCUUAACUCAACGGUGAGGUGGAAGUACCUGCUCAACACCUGUGGGACCGACUUCCCCAUUAAAACCAACCUGGAGAUCGUGCAGGCGCUGACGCUCCUGGACGGGCGAAACAGCCUGGAGUCCGAGGCCACGCCCGGCCAUAAAAAGGCCCGCUGGCAGUACCACCACAGCGUCACCAAGUCCAACAUCGUCAAGACCAACAUCAAGAAGACCCCUCCUCCCAUCAGCACGCCCAUGUACUCCGGCAAUGCCUACUUUGUGCUCUCCAGGGACUUUGUGGAGCACCUGCAGAAGAACCCGGAGGCCCGGGCGCUGCUGAAGUGGGAGGUGGACGCCUACAGCCCCGACGAGCACAUGUGGGCCACCCUGCAGCGCAUGCCCAGCAUGCCCGGCUUCAGCCCGCCCAACAGCAAGUACGACAUGACGGACAUGAACGCCAUCGCCCGGCUGGUGAAGUGGGUCUACCACGAGGGCGACAUCAAGAAGGGGGCUUCCUACCCGCCCUGCACGGGGGGCUACCGGCGCGCCGUGUGCGUGUACGGCGCGGGCGACCUGAGCUGGCUCCUCAGCAUGCACCACCUCAUCGCCAACAAGUUUGACCCGGAGGUGGACGAGAUUGCAAUACGGUGCCUGGAACACCACUUGCGUUACAAGACGCUGACUGGCCAGUCCCUUGACAAUGCUGCUGAACAUGUCAUGUUCAAUUUCAUGAAGUGAACGACAGUAAGAAUGAAUGAAUGUUCUAUGAAGUAGAAAGGUCAGGCUAACCUUGUUGUUGGCUUGCCAGAAUUAUUUAUUUUUGUAUUUAUACGUGUACAGUGUUUUGUUUCCGAUGUCAGCACUGCCAGCUCUGUAUGUGCCUUUUUAGGUUUUUUGUAAACUGAUUUUGAAUACUGAAAUAACAAGGCACUUGAUGUUUACACAGGUAGAGUUUGUAUUAUGUAUUUUUGUAAAGUUAAACAACAAUCACUGUUGUAUGAAAAGGGGCAACAUUUUAAUGUUUAUGCCUGGAUGGAUGUUGUUGAAAACAUUUCAUGACAUGUUUACAUUUUUGCAGACUGUCAAUUUUUUAGAUGAUGAUUAAAUGCAGCUAUGUUUUAUAAAGAGAAUAUUUAUGUGAAAAUCAAAACGCUUUGAUUAAAUUAACUUAUUUAAAGUA